UACAGAAGCAUCAGGGUACUUGAUUUUCUUUUAAUUGCUAAGCCACAAAGACUGCAAACAUGUCGCUGGAAGACAUCCACAUGAACACCCAGGAUUUGCUUGAAAAAAAACAAUUAGAUGCUGGAGGAUUUGGAACAAUCUCUUUAUGCUUUCACAAGAAACAUGGAUAUGUAGUAUUAAAAAAGGUGUAUACAGGACCCCAGCGCACUGAGUAUAAUGCUUCCCUCCUUGAAGAAGGCAGGAUUAUGCGCAGACUGCAGCACGACCGUGUGGUAAAGCUACUAGGUAUAAUUUUGGAAGACGGAAACUACUCACUUGUGAUGGAGUAUGUGGACCGGGGGAACAUGAUGAAAGUGCUACAGAAACUCUCCCUGCCUUUGUCAGUGAAAGGGCGUUUUGUGCUGGAGAUCACAGAAGGAAUGCUUUAUCUGCACGAGCAAGGCUUCGUCCACAAAGACCUAAAGCCAGAAAACAUCCUUGUGGACACAGACUUUCACAUUAAGAUUGCAGAUCUCGGUGUUGCCUCCUUUAAGAACUGGAGUCGGCUAACCCAAGAAGAGACUGUCCGACAGAAGCAAAUCAAGAGCACUUGCCAGAACAACGCUGGGACUCUCUUCUAUAUGGCCCCGGAGCAUUUACGCUGUGUUAACGUAAAACCUGUGGAGAAAUCAGAUGUUUACAGCUUUGGCAUAGUGAUCUGGGCAAUUUUUGCUAACAAAGAGCCGUAUGAACAUGGUAUAAAUGAAGCCCAGAUUUGCUUUGGCAUCAUGAAUGGAAACAGACCAGAUGUAAAAGAGAUCACUGAUAAAUGUCCAGUGGAAAUUAUUGACUUAAUGAAACAAUGCUGGGAGCAAGAGUCAGUGAAACGGCCCAACUUUGCAGAAAUUAGUCAAAGUUACAAGCCAUUUUACUAUCAAAAUCUAGGAAAAAAUAUUGAAGAUGAUCUGAAGAAGUUAAAAAAAAUGUGGCCGGAGUCAAAUGAACUGCUGAAUAGGAUGCAGUCCCUUCAAAUAGAUGCUGUAGCAGAAGGUACCAGUAAUGGUCAAAUAGAUCAGCCUAAUUCUCUACAUAGCUCUCAAGGUCCCAUGACCAGUCAGGUUAAUGAAGCCCUGUUUGCUGCCUUCCCUGAGAACCAGCCUGUUGAGAGCUGUGAGACCUCAUUUACACCUGCUGAUAAUCUAGAGAGAAAACUUCAGCGUGAAUACAACUACCAUGUGUUUGGGAACCGGAUGGAUAAAGCAGUUCCACCUGUAGUAUACACCCCUGAAAUGAGAGAGGAAGAAAGGAGACGAAGGGUUUCCUACGACCCAUUUGCAAAGUCACCUCCUGCUCCGCAAUGGAAUGAACCGUAUCCAAGAGCUGAAAAAACAGGAUCAAACACUAGCCCAUAUCUUUGGCCACAGCCAGCUGCAGCAACACCGAAACGGGGAAAUGUGGAUGUUUUUUAUGGGCCACGUCCUAACAGUCUUCCAAAAGGAAACACGGAAGGCCUCUAUGGAUUGUGUCCAGCCAGUACCUUUAGCCUAAGUAAACCUCCCGUGCCCGAAUCUGGCCCAAACCUGCAGUCACAGACCAAUGUAAACUGGUAUCCAAAGGGUGCAGACACAGAUACAGAUGAUUCAAUCAAGUACAACAUCAGUAACAGUUCUGGAAUUCAAAUUGGAUCCUACAAUCACAUGAAGAUCGACGACCACAAUCAAUACAUCAGCACUUCUCCUGUUGCUUCAGAGGCAACUUAUAUGCAUUAUGAAGCAAUGGGUAUAUUUGACAAUAAUACUGUCCUGACUGAGAAACAUCUGAAUCUGGUGAGAGAGAAGUUGGCUAAGCAGUGGAAACACUGUGCUCGUAAACUGGGCUUUUGUGAUCCCGAGAUUGAUGAAAUUGAUCACGACUACGAACGAGAUGGACUGAAAGAAAAAGUUUACCAAAUGCUGCUUAAGUGGGAAAUGAGGGAAGGCUCCAAAGGCGCUACAGUUGGAAAGCUUGCCAAAGCCCUCUUCGGCUGCCAGAGACUGGAUCUUCUUACUAGCUUGAUGCAGAUCAAUGAGGAAUAA